AUGCGCCCGCACCUCUCCUUCCUCCGGACGGGUUCGCCCCUCCCCCGGUUCACCGCCAGAACCACUCUCCCCCACCCGCGCCCGCAUCUCCACCGAUUCUGCGGCUCCUGCACACCCCCGGCGCCCACCGCCCCGUCUAGCACCACUCCCCCCACCACCAGUGCGCCCAACGACCACCGCGCCAUCGCCACCUCCCAAGAGCUCCUCAUUACCCAUGGUGCCUCCCCAGGCUCACCCCUCUUCCUGCCCAAUGGCGCCCGCAUCUUCAACAAGCUACAGUCCUUCCUGCGCGCGCAGUACGCCGUCUAUGGCUACGAGGAGGUCAUCACGCCCACUAUCUACAAGCGCUCGCUGUGGGAGACGAGCGGCCACUGGGAGAACUACAAGGACGAUAUGUUUUCUGUUUCUGCACGCGGGGAGAAGGAUCCGGCGGAGGAGGUGGAGGAGGGAGAGGGGGAGUAUGGGCUCAAGCCAAUGAAUUGCCCAGGGCAUUGCUUGCUGUUUAAACAUGCGGGUGCUACCAGGAGCUUUAGGGAUCUGCCGGUACGGUAUGCGGACUUUGCGCCGCUGCACAGAAACGAGCUCUCCGGCGCCCUCAGCGGCCUCACCCGCGUGCGCAAAUUCCACCAAGACGACGCGCACAUCUUCUGCCGCCCGUCGCAAAUCUCCACCGAGAUCCUCGCGACCCUGCGCCUCAUCAACACCGUCUACACCGUUCUACACCUACCCCAAUACAAGCUCGUCCUCUCCACCCGCCCCGUCCACCACAUCGGCACCCCCGCCGAAUGGAACCGCGCCGAAGACGCACUAACGCAGGCGCUCAACGCCUCCGGCACCCCGUGGACCCUCUCCCCCGGCGACGGCGCCUUCUACGGCCCAAAGAUCGACGUUCUCGUCACCGACUCAGACGGAAAGCAGCACCAGACGGCCACCAUCCAGCUGGACUUCCAGCUCCCGCAGCGCUUCGGACUAUCCUAUCUUGCGCCCGCGCCCGAAGCCGAGGCGCGCGGCGAGGCCCCCACGGAUCCCAAGGAGCUCGAGACGAGCGGGUUGGUGACGCCGGUGAUUAUACACCGCGCGGUGCUGGGCAGCUUUGAGCGCUUCAUGGCGCUGCUGAUGGAGCACUAUGGCGGACGGUGGCCGUUCUGGCUGGCGCCGAGGCAGGCGGUGGUGCUGCCUGUGGCGAAUAGCGAGAAGCUGCUUGCGUAUGCAAGGGAGGUGCGGGGGGUUGUUGCCGGUGUUGGUGAGGGGGUGGGGGUAGGGGUAGGGGCGGCGCCGAUGGGGAGAAGGACGUUUGCGGUGGAUGUGGACGAGAGUGGGAAUUCGCUGGCGAAGAAGGUGAAGGCGGCGAGGGUGAAGGGGUAUAAUUAUAUUAUUGUUGUGGGGGAGAAGGAUCUGGAGGGGGGCACGGCGGCGGUGGAGUGUGUGGUGGGGGAGAAGGGGAAGUGGGUGUUGAGUCCGCGGGAGGUGUAUGAGAAGUUUAUGGGGUUGGAGGAGAGGUAUGAAUAG